AAGAGCCUUGAGUCAUAUCUUCACACCCAGUGAGUGUUGCAUUACAGAGCACAGCAGAGUGUCUCAGGGGACAGUCACACACAGAGAGAGAGACAGCAAGACUGCAGGGAGAAAAAAAACAGAGGUCUGCAUCCGUAAGGUGAGCUGGUUAAUAUCUCUUUAAAACAAUGUUUACUAACCCCUUGGCUCUUUGGUUACCUCAGUAGAAGUGCUGUAACCUGUGGCCUCUUUUCUAGCAUAUCCUGCAGGUCUGAACCUGCUGUGGGCUCAUGCCUCAUUCCACACUACUACUUUUCUUGAGUCUUAAUCCAUGUACAUACUUUUACUCUGUCUCUAUCUUACACUGUUUACAUAUCUCCCUUUGUAAAAUGGAUUAACCUUUACAACUGAUGGAUUAAAGAUGGUACAGUUUUAUCAGGGGUGGUGGCAUGUUUUGAAUGUUCAGGCAUGUCCUUAUUCAGAACUGCAGAACUGUGUUCUUAUAGAUAAGGUAAGAUGACAACUAACAACAUACUAGCAUUUAAUCGGAGCUGUUUUACACCAGUAAAAUGCUGUAAAAGAAGUGCUCAGGAUAUUCAGUAAACACACUAGGAAAUAGCAAUUUCCUUAUGUGUUUUGCUUUUGUAUCUGACGUUAUAGUAAUAGUGUCUGCCAGAUUGUUAGUACUUACAAAUUUCCUUUUCCUGUUUUUGAAUACCACAAGAUUGGCAGUUAGCUGUCAUCAACUGACUGAGAGGUGGAAGUUUCAUAGAUCGUGUUGCAUCUACUACACUGUGCAAAAUGAGCAGAAAAGGAACUCCUCUAUCCAAGCAACAAUCAACACCCAUCUUAGGGACGGAAAUGCCGCGUCAGUUCACGAAGAUCUCUCUCCACGAGGUGGAUGAGAGAGUGCGACUCUUGGCUGAGAAGGUGUACGCUUCGGCUCUAAAGGAAGAAGACACUAAAAACACCUUGUCAAUGUUCACCGUCCCUGAGGACUGUCCCAUUGGCUUGCAUCAGGCCAAGGAAUGGGAGCUACGCAAAGAGAUAGAGGAGCAGAAGUCAGAGGAAUCAGUCAAGAGGAAACAGAGUUUCAAGCUAAUGCGAUCCCAGUCAAUUUCCUUGCAAAUCCCAGUUGCUCCAGAAUGGGCAAUGUCUGUGAUUUCACCCCUGCUGACCCCGUCCUCACCUACAGGCCCCCUGUCAAUCAAUAUCCCAGAAUUCCAGAGGGUCACCAUCAGUGGAGACUACUGUGCGGGGAUAACAGUCGAGGACUAUGAGCAAGCAGCAAAAACCCUGCUGACAGCACUCUUCAUCAGAGAAAAAUAUUCUCGGCUGGCAUAUCACCGCUUUCCCAGGACAACAGCCAAGUUUCUAAGGAGUGCCAAUAAUGAGAAAUGGAGUGAGGAGGAAGAAGUGCUGCCAGAAACCUGCCCUGUUCCAAGUGAGGGUGAGGAUCCCUACAGUAUGGAAGACCUUCCACAGAAUCUGAACUACUCCCUGAGGAUGAAAGACGGAAUCAUAUACGUCUAUGAUAAUGAAGAUGCCUUAAAACAGGAUCAGCCAAGGAGCUUGCCAUAUCCUGACUUGGAAACCUUUGCUAUUGACAUGAGCCACGUCCUUGCCAUGAUUGCAGAUGGGCCAACGAAGACCUAUUGUCACAGAAGGCUUAACUUCCUGAUGUCCAAGUUCCAUCUACAUGAAAUGCUGAAUGAGAUGGCCGAGUUAAAGGAACUGAAAAGCGUUCCUCACAGAGACUUCUACAAUGUCAGAAAGGUUGAUACGCACAUUCACGCAGCUGCCUGCAUGAACCAGAAGCAUCUACUGAAGUUUAUCAAGGACACAUAUAAGACCGAAGCAGACCGGGUGGUGCUGGAGAAAGGCGGAAAGAAGUUCACCCUCAAACAGGUGUUUGACAAUCUGAAAAUGGACCCAUAUGAUCUCACAGUAGACUCAUUGGAUGUACACGCGGGCAGACAAACGUUUCAUCGUUUUGAUAAAUUCAAUUCCAAAUACAACCCAGUAGGUGCUAGUGAGCUCAGAGAGAUCUACAUCAAAAGCGAUAACUACAUCAAUGGAGAAUAUUUUGCACGUCUCAUCAAGGAGGUUGCGCAUGACCUUGAAGAGAGUAAAUAUCAGCAUGCAGAACCCCGUCUCUCAAUUUACGGCCGAGCCACUGAAGAGUGGGACAACCUGUCUAAAUGGUUUAUCAAGCAAAAGUUGCACUCCCCUAACAUGAGAUGGAUCAUACAGGUGCCCAGGAUCUAUGACAUUUUCAGAUCAAAGAAGAUUGUUCCCAACUUCGCCAAGAUGCUAGAGAACAUCUUCCUCCCACUGUUUCAGGCCACCAUUAAUCCUCAGAAACACAAAGAAAUGUAUGUCUUCCUGAAACAUGUGACAGGGUUUGACAGUGUGGAUGAUGAGUCCAAACACAGCGAUCACAUUUUCACCUAUAAGAGUCCAAAACCUGAGGAGUGGACAAUGGAGGAAAACCCACCGUACACUUACUACCUCUUCCACAUGUAUGCCAACAUCAUGGUCCUCAACAACCUUCGAAAGGAACGUGGUCUUAAUACCUUCCAGUUCCGUCCUCACUGUGGCGAGGCAGGAUCCAUCACUCAUCUGGUGUCAGCCUUCCUCACAGCUGACAACAUCUCUCACGGACUCAACCUGAAGAAGAGUCCUGUCCUGCAGUACCUGUAUUAUUUGGCCCAGGUGCCCAUUGCCAUGUCUCCGCUCAGCAAUAACAGCCUGUUCCUUGAGUAUUCCAAGAAUCCCCUCAGGGAGUUCCUGCAAAAGGGCCUGUGUGUGUCUCUCUCCACAGAUGACCCGUUACAGUUCCACUACACAAAGGAGGCCUUGAUGGAGGAGUAUGCCAUUGCAGCACAGCUGUGGAAACUGAGCACGUGCGACGUGUGUGAGAUCGCCAGAAAUAGUGUGCUUCAGAGCGGUUUAUCUCAUCAGGAGAAGAAACACUUCCUGGGUGAGAAUUAUCUACAGGAUGGACCAGAGGGAAAUGACAUCCGUAGGACAAAUGUGGCGCAGAUCCGUAUGGCAUAUCGACACGAGACCUUGUGCAAUGAGCUCAGCUUCCUAGUGGAUGCUGUCAAGUCAGAAGCAGUGGCUGAAAAAGCCUCGUAGACAUGGCAGGGUGACAGAUAGGCUAGAACAUGGGUCCAUAUGAGUUGACCAGACAUCAAUAUAAAACCUAAUCUUGCUACAGGUGAUGCACUAAACAGCCAUGGAAAUGCAUCAUUCUGGUAGAAAGUCAUGAAGCCAUGUGUCUUGGUGCCUUAUGAUGGACAUAACCUUUCCCAUAGUGCCUUACAGGAUGGAUAUAUCCAUUAUAUUUCUCAAAUCUGUUUCUUUAAAAAUGGGACGUUUUGAUCAAAUGUUCCUGUGUUUUGCAUGGUUUCUGAAAAUGAUGUUUUGAGGGAGCAUACAUUUGUUACCUUUUCUAAUGAGGAAGUCUUCGGGUUUGUGACUUGAACAAUGUGUUCUUUUGUUCAGAUAAAUGUUUUACGC